AUGGAAAUAUUUUCCGGGUCCAGCGAUUCGCGCGAUUGGCACUAUGUAGCGGCGGCUGUGAACGCGUCGGUUAGAGUACCUGAUUACGAUGGCCCGGAAAGUGUCGUUGGCGCCGAGAGAAAUUGGUGGCGACCAAAGCAGGCUGUCGGUGAUAUGAUUGCAUGCGAGCAUUGCUACUACCUCUACUUUGCUGCGUCGUUCAUGGAGGAUGACUGGGAACCCGUUGACGAGGAGGACAUGGUUGCCGCUGACGGCAUGACGACCUGGAUUUGCGACAUGACACUUCUUCCGAUGAAACUGGCGCAUCUCAAAGCCAUGCGAGGAAUAAGUUCUCGAAUAUUUGGGGACGCGGCGCGAACUAUUAUGAGCAGUCCGCCCUGCCCUCUGAACGAACAAGAUGAAGGCGUAUGGCACGGUCUGGCGCCUUAUGGCAGCUAUGGUGGGACCUGUGCUCGAUGCUUCGCGGGUAUAAUUGUUCCAUUUGGAUUCCAAAAUCAUUUUACGCAGCUGUCAUUGCCAGCGAACCUGAAAUUCACGUGUAUAUUCAACGCGAGAACCCCUCUAUUUAGCCAAACUAUGGAUAAGCUCGACGAGGCUAUAUGCAAGCAGACUCUGCCGCGAAUCCAAUCCAUCAUGGCCCUCACCAGGAUGCGAUUACAGCAGCAGCAGAUGCUCAUGAUGUCGGGUCUUAUGCUGCAAGGACUAGAUUAUACUGUCACUGCUGUGCAGGGGCCAGGUCAUGAUAGGUACGGCUUCGCUAGUAUUGGGUAUAAUUAUGCGACAAUGUCUGGUGUGCAGGGCGCGCAGCAGUACCAUCAAGGGAUGAAUAUGAAUGUCGUGAAUGGGGGUGAUGUGGUGCUGGUUGCGCAGUUGGAGCAAAUGUGGAAGGAGGUUGAGUAG